CUGGUUAGUGGUGCAUCAUAGGAAAUUACCGGCAAUAUUUACUUGAGGAGAUAACUGGAGAUAACAUGAGGACACUGAGCAGAGUUGUCAAGCUUCUUUCGAACAAUUCAAACUUCAUAGCACGCGGUAUCAGAACCAGCCAGGCUUCAAUUAUGGCACCAAUUAAGGUUGGGGAGGAAUUGCCAAACGUUGAUCUGUUUGAGGGCAAUCCAGACGGCAAAGUGAACACAAAGACAGCGUUUGGAAAGGGCAAACAUGUUAUUGUAGCUGUAGUCGGUGCCUUUACACCUACAUGUGAAAAUCAACAUAUGCCAACAUUUGUAGCAGACUUUGACAAAAUCAAGGCAAAGGGAGUAGAUUCAAUCAACUGUGUUUCAGUCAAUGAUCCUUUUGUCAUGGAAGCAUUUGGCAAAAAGUUUGAUCCUUCGGGAAAGGUCCGGUGUUUGGCAGAUACAUGUGGUACAUUUACAAAGGCUGUUGACCUUGAGCUGGAUGUUACAGCAAUAUUGGGCCGUGUCUGUUCCAAGAGGUAUGCCAUGGUGGUUCAGGAUGGGAAGGUGACUGGGUUGAAUGUGGAGGAUGACAGCUCCAAGGCCACAUGUACCCGUGGAGAGGAUAUCAUGAGCCUCCUCUAAGGACCAGCGUUAAGACUGCAAAUGUGGUCAGAUGCCUGAAACUGUACAGUUAAUUAAUCUGUGUAGACACUGUAUUACAUGUACCGCUAGUUACAAAUGGGCACUCCUAAUCACGAGCUUGGAAAAAAAUCUCAUAAAUUGCCAGUAAUAAUUGACCAUUGUGAAAUUAUUUUGGAUUAUUUUACUUGCUGAAUUUAAGUUUAAUGGUUUAGGGCUGGAACAUGCAUGUAGGUAUUUCUCUUGGACAUUUUAUUUGCUGUCACUUGUAGAGGGGAGUUAAUAGCUUAAGCUAAUUAAUUAAACAGAAUUCUGACCUAAUUGGUUGUCAACUUGUUGGAAAGACAUUCUUAACAGUACUUGGAUAACAUUGAUUUAAAUCAAAAUUAUGUGUUUUAUUUUGGAACAAGGUUUUGUCAAAUGAAAGGUAAUGAUUGAUUGUAAAUAUGUAAUCAUAUACCUUAUAUUGAGCAAUCAGCCGAUGUUUCCAAUAGAAUUUUACACUUGUUACAGCAUUGCACAGUGUACUAGUUUGUUUAUAAAGUGAAGAAUUAUUCAAUUGAAGCUGUUAUUUUUGAAGGUCUGUAUGAAAAUUAAUCGUGUUCAGUUUGGCACAGCUAUGGUAGAUGAACCAUUAGUUUUCAUAUAGACCUCCAAAUAAGUGAUAACAUAUAUUAUGGUUAAAAUUAUUUUGUUUUUGACAAAGCCCUGCUUUAUUAACAUAUAGUCAUUUUUAUCUUUUCACUUUAAUCACUGAACAAGUGUUAUGCACUUUAAAUGUUAAGUCAUGGUCUUUUACACAAGUAUUUAUUUAUCCUCUUGCAAAAAUAUUAUAUUUCCAGUGCAUAUUCAUUUAAAAAUUAUGGCGAUUUCAAUCAAUCAGUACGGCAAAUAAAGCCUUGUUUAAUAUGAAAAAUGUAUCACUUGAACUCUGUUUUAAUUCUGAAGUAUUAUUAGCUUCAUUUAUUUACAAUAAGUAUUAUUAUGUUACUGUGAUUUUAAUAAGGCUAUUUAGUCAAUGUGGUUUUGAUUUGAUUGAACAAAAAUCUCAUACCACUGUGUUCGUCCGAUAAUCUCAAGACAUAGACAAUGGUAUAUUUUCGUAAAUAAUGCCUGCUUUUAUCCGAAAAGGUACUGUUAAAAUUGCAGUAACAUAAACCUUAAGCAUUUAAACAUAUCUGCUUUAGAAUCUUAGUUGUGCGGUAAUCUAGUACAUGCCAUAUUGUUUUGUAUUACUGGAUUUUUUUCAAUACUAUGACCAUAUUAGUGUGACAGUGUUUUACUUGAAUGUGUUCUAUGGUUUUGCUGUGAUUUAUCCAAGAAUAAAAUGUACUGAAAAUCUUU